AGCGGCGGCAGCGGCGGCCAGAAGAGACAUGCACCUGUGCGGCGCGGCUUAGAGGACGCGGCAGGCGGGAAGUCCCGGCCGCCACCGGGAGGGCUUUCUUCGCCGGGCCGAGGCCGCCUGCUGCAGCCGCGGGCCCGAGCCGGAGCGGCGGGGGGGGGGGCCCGACNGGCGGCCCGGAGCGCCCCGAACUGCCACCUGCGGCUCGAGUGGGUGUACGGCUACCGGGGCCACCAGUGCCGCAACAACCUCUACUACACGGCGGCCAAGGAGAUCGUGUACUUCGUGGCGGGCGUCGGCGUGGUGUACAGCCCGCGGGAGCACCGGCAGAAGUUCUACCGGGGCCACAGCGACGACAUCAUCAGCCUUGCAUUGCAUCCUGAACGAGUAUUAGUAGCAACAGGACAAGUUGGGAAAGAGCCUUAUAUAUGCGUUUGGGAUUCAUACACUGUGCAGACCAUAUCAGUUCUAAAGGAUGUUCAUACACAUGGUAUAGCCUGUUUAGCAUUCGACUUAGAUGGACAGCGCUUGGUUUCAGUUGGACUUGAUUCAAAGAAUGCAGUUUGUGUUUGGGACUGGAAGAGGGGGAAAAUGUUAUCUAUGGCCCCUGGUCACACAGAUAGAAUAUUCGAUAUCUCUUGGGAUUUGUACCAGCCAAAUAAACUUGUCAGCUGUGGUGUAAAACAUAUCAAGUUCUGGAGUUUAUGUGGAAAUGCUCUGACCCCAAAACGAGGGGUCUUUGGUAAGACUGGUGACCUUCAAACAAUUUUGUGCCUGGCCUGUGCAAGGGAUGAAUUAACAUAUUCUGGUGCACUUAAUGGGGAUAUAUAUGUUUGGAAAGGAAUCAAUCUUAUAAGGACAAUACAAGGAGCCCAUACUGCAGGAAUUUUUAGUAUGAAUGCUUGUGAAGAAGGCUUUGCUACUGGUGGCAGAGAUGGCUGUAUUCGUCUUUGGGAUUUAACUUUUAAACCGAUUACUGUGAUUGAUCUCAGGGAAACAGACCAGGGAUACAAAGGUUUGUCUGUGAGGAGUGUUUGUUGGCGAGGUGACCACAUUCUAGUUGGAACACAGGACAGUGAAAUUUUCGAAAUUGUGGUUCAUGAAAGAAAUAAACCUUUCCUAAUUAUGCAAGGGCAUUGUGAAGGUGAACUUUGGGCACUUGCCGUCCAUCCUACAAAACCUUUGGCUGUGACUGGAAGUGAUGAUCGUUCAGUCAGGAUAUGGAGCCUAGUAGAUCAUGCACUAAUAGCAAGGUGUAAUAUGGAAGAACCAAUUCGUUGUGCAGCUGUAAAUGUAGAUGGAAUCCAUCUUGCCCUUGGAAUGAAGGAUGGCUCAUUCACUGUACUUAGAGUAAGAGAUAUGACUGAAGUUGUACAUAUUAAAGAUAGGAAGGAAGCAAUUCAUGAGUUAAAAUACUCACCAGAUGGAACUUACCUUGCUGUUGGGUGUAACGACAGCUCGGUUGAUAUCUAUGGCGUUGCUCAACGUUAUAAAAAAAUGGGGGAAUGUGUUGGAUCACUUAGUUUCAUCACGCAUCUGGACUGGUCCUCAGACAGUAGAUAUUUACAGACAAAUGAUGGAAAUGGGAAAAGACUUUUUUAUAGAAUGCCAGGAGGAAAAGAAGUGACAAACAAAGAAGAAAUAAAAGGUGUUCAUUGGGCUUCAUGGACAUGUGUCUCAGGCCUUGAAGUAAAUGGAAUUUGGCCCAAGUAUUCAGAUAUCAAUGACAUAAAUUCAGUAGAUGGAAAUUAUAUUGGCCAAGUUUUAGUUACAGCUGAUGACUAUGGAAUUAUAAAAUUAUUCCGAUAUCCUUGUUUGAGAAAAGGGGCCAAGUUUAAAAAAUAUAUUGGCCAUUCGGCUCAUGUAACUAAUGUCAGAUGGUCACAUGACUAUCAGUGGGUUAUUUCUAUUGGUGGAGCAGAUCACUCUGUCUUUCAGUGGAAAUUUAUUCCUGAAAGAAAACUAAAAGAUGCUCUUCACAUAGCACCCCAAGAAAGUCUGGCUGACUCCAAUAGUGAUGAAUCAGAUUCAGAUCUGUCUGAUGUUCCAGAGCUGGAUUCUGAAAUUGAACAAGAGACCCAGCUUACCUACCGUCGGCAGGUUUACAAAGAAGAUCUACCUCAGCUUAAAGAACAGUACAAGGAGAAACAAAAAAGUGGUACUUCUAAGAGAAGAGAGCGGGCUCCAGGAAAUAGUAUUCGAUUACACUUUGUGCAUGGUUACAGAGGUUAUGACUGUCGAAGUAAUCUGUUUUAUACUCAAAUUGGUGAAAUUGUGUACCACGUAGCAGCAGUGGGUGUCAUUUACAAUCGGCAGCAGAACACGCAGCGCUUUUACCUGGGUCAUGAUGAUGAUAUUCUCUGCCUGGCUAUUCAUCCUUUGAAAGACUAUGUAGCAACAGGGCAGGUAGGUAGGGAUCCCUCAAUUCACAUAUGGGAUACAGAGACUAUUAAACCAUUGUCAGUAUUAAAGGGCUGCCACCAAUUUGGUGUCUGUGCUGUUGAUUUCUCAGCGGAUGGGAAACGUUUGGCUUCAGUUGGAAUAGAUGAUAGCCACAGUAUUGUGCUGUGGGACUGGAAGAAAGGAGAGAAACUUUCAAUAGCAAGAGGGAGUAAAGAUAAGAUUUUUGUUGUAAAGAUGAACCCCUACGUGCCUGAUAAAUUAAUUACAGCUGGAAUUAAACAUGUGAAAUUUUGGCGUAGAGCAGGAGGAGGACUGAUUGGAAGAAAAGGCUAUGUGGGCACACUGGGGAAAAAUGACACAAUGAUGUGUGCAGUGUAUGGAUGGACGGAAGAGAUGGCUUUUUCUGGAACAUCCACAGGAGAUGUGUGUAUCUGGAGAGAUGUCUUUCUUGUGAAAACGGUUAAAGCACAUGAUGGGCCAGUGUUUAGUAUGCAUGCAUUGGAAAAAGGCUUCGUAACUGGAGGAAAAGAUGGUGUAGUAGCUCUUUGGGAUGACUCCUUUGAAAGAUGUCUCAAGACCUAUGCUAUAAAAAGAGCCGCGUUGGCACCAGGAUCUAAAGAAAAUAUUAGCACAAGUAUACUUGUACAGAUGAAUCCAUGGACAGAACUUUUCAAAAACACAGACAAUUUUAUAAUUGGACACAUGGAAGGAGAGGUGUGGGGUUUGGCUACACAUCCUUAUCUGCCCAUCUGUGCUACUGUAAGUGAUGAUAAAACCUUAAGAAUAUGGGAUCUCUCUCCUAGUCAUUGUAUGUUGGCUGUCCGGAAACUGAAAAAGGGUGGGAGAUGUUGCUGUUUUUCUCCUGAUGGUAAAGCUUUAGCUGUAGGUCUGAAUGAUGGCAGAAAGCUUUUACAGGUCAACACUGGUGCUAAAGAACAGUUAUUCUUUGAAGCUCCCAGAGGGAAAAAACAAACCAUCCCCAGUGUGGAGGUAGAAAAAAUUUGUUGGGCAUCAUGGACAAGUGUGCUUGGUUUAUGCUGUGAAGGAAUUUGGCCAGUAAUUGGAGAAGUCACAGACAUAACUGCCUCUUGCCUCACCAGUGACAAAAUGGUCCUAGCUACUGGGGAUGAUUUGGGAUUUGUGAAGUUAUUUAGAUAUCCUGCUAAAGGGAAAUUUGGAAAAUUUAAGAGGUAUGUGGCCCAUAGUACACAUGUCACAAAUGUUCGCUGGACUUAUGAUGACAGCAUGUUGGUUACCUUAGGAGGUGCAGAUAUGUCUUUAAUGGUUUGGACAAAUGAAAUGGAGGGCUAUCGAGAAAAAAGGCCUUGUGAUAGUGAAGAAUCUGAUACAGAUUCGGAAGAAGAUGGGGGCUAUGACAGUGAUGUUACAAGGGAGAAUGAAAUCAGUUACACCAUUAGAGCCUUAUCAACAAAUAUUCGCCCAAUGUUUGGAGUCAAGCCUCAUUUGCAACAAAAGGAACCCUCAGUUGAUGAGAGGCAGGGGGUAGUAAGAGGUUCCAGGCCUCCCGUGAGCAGAGCCCCACCAAGGCCAGAAAAACUCCAGACAAACAAUGUUGGCAAGAAAAAGAGACCAAUAGAGGACCUUGUGUUGGAGCUUGUUUUUGGCUAUCGAGGAAGAGACUGUAGGAAUAAUGUUCACUAUUUAAAUGAUGGUGAUGAUAUAAUUUAUCACACUGCGUCUGUUGGAAUUCUGCACAAUGUUGCUACAGGGACUCAGAGUUUUUAUCAGGAGCAUAAUGAUGAUAUACUGUGCCUCACUGUAAAUCAGCAUCCCAAAUUUAUCAACAUAGUGGCAACUGGCCAAGUAGGUGAUGUAGCAGACAUGUCAGCUACAACUCCUUCUAUCCACAUCUGGGAUGCAGUGAACAAGCAGACUUUAUCCAUACUGCGAUGCUACCAUUCAAAGGGAGUGUGUUCGGUCAGCUUCAGUGCUACUGGAAAACUCUUGCUGUCUGUGGGUCUGGACCCAGAACAUACUAUUACCAUUUGGAGAUGGCAGGAAGGUACCAAAAUCGCCAGCAGAGCUGGUCACAACCAACGUAUUUUUGUGGCCGAAUUCCGACCAGAUUCAGAUUCCCAGUUUGUGUCUGUGGGAGUCAAACACGUGAAGUUCUGGACGCUGGCAGGAAGGGCUCUUCUUAGCAAGAAAGGGCUCCUGAGCACUGUGGAAGAUGCCCGGAUGCAGACCAUGCUCGCUGUCGCCUUUGGUGCGAAUAACUUGACGUUUACAGGUACCAUCAGUGGAGAUGUCUGUGUGUGGAAAGAGCACGUGCUGUGCAGAGUCGUGGCCAGAGCUCACAGCGGGCCCGUGUUUGCCAUGUACACCACGCUGCGGGACGGCCUCAUCGUCACCGGUGGCAAGGAAAGGCCGUCCAAAGAAGGAGGAGCAGUGAAACUGUGGGACCAGGAGCUGAGGCGAUGCCGCGCCUUCAGACUCGAGACGGGACAGGUCACCGACUGCGUCCGCUCUGUGUGCAGAGGCAAAGGCAAGAUCCUAGUUGGGACGAGGAACGCGGAGAUCAUUGAAGUUGGAGAGAAAAAUGCGGCAUGUAAUAUUUUAGUUAAUGGCCAUGUGGACGGACCCAUAUGGGGACUGGUGACACAUCCUUCCCGGGACUUCUUCCUUUCUGCUGCAGAAGAUGGGACAGUGAGACUCUGGGAUAUUGCUGAUAAAAAGAUGUUAAACAAAGUGAAUUUGGGACAUGCUGCUCGUACCGUGUGUUAUAGCCCUGAAGGGGAUAUGGUGGCUAUUGGAAUGAAAAAUGGAGAAUUUAUUAUUUUACUGGUGAGCUCUCUAAAAAUAUGGGGAAAGAAGAGAGAUAGACGAUGUUCAAUCCAUGAUAUCAGAUUUAGUCCAGAUUCCCGGUUUCUGGCAGUGGGUUCCAGUGAGAACUCAGUGGAUUUUUACGACCUAACACUGGGCCCCACCCUUAACAGAAUCAGCUACUGCAGGGACAUUCCCAGCUUUGUCAUUCAAAUGGACUUCUCUGCAGACAGCAGGUAUCUCCAGGUCUCCACCGGUUGCUAUAAACGACAGGUCUAUGAAGUGCCUUCAGGAAAACCUGUUACAGAUCAGGCCGCCAUGGACAGGAUCACUUGGGCUACAUGGACUAGUAUUCUGGGGGAUGAAGUUAUGGGAAUCUGGUCCAGACACACUGAGAAAGCCAAUGUCAACUGUGCCUGCGUAUCUCAUUCAGGAAUCAGCCUUGUAACAGGAGAUGACUUCGGCAUGGUUAAGUUAUUUGACUUCCCGUGUCCUGAAAAAUUUGCAAAGCACAAAAGGUUCUUGGGUCAUUCACCUCAUGUGACAAAUAUUCGAUUUACCAGCGGUGAUCGACAUGUAGUUAGUGCUGGAGGGGAUGACUGCAGUUUAUUUGUCUGGAAAUGUGUACAUAUGCCUCACUGAAAGAUAUGGAUGCUGAGAAGACUCUAUAUAAAUUAACAGCCUUGAGAGACCGGAAUUACAGAAGAGGAAAAACAAACAAACAAAAACA